GCCCCCAAAACAUCCAUUAAGCCCCCAGAGAAGGGAAAGGGGAUGUGACUAGCGGUACAGAGAUUUUCUUCACCAACAGUGCCCAUGGCAAGCUUGGGCAUUCUUGGUGAAAUCUCUCUGGGAAGUACUGGCAGAAGAAUAAAAAACAGGCUGACACAAAAGCAUUGCUUGGUGUGCAUUUCCAGGCUCUACCUUCUUUCUCAUCUCUUCACGGCAGGGGAAGAGAAGAGAAACAAAACUGUUUACAAAAUUGGCAAAAUAAGCAUAUAGCUUCCUCUCACUAUCUCCUAGGUUCCAGCUUCUGCAGCAUUAUAUAAGCCUAAGUAAUGAGCAGCUGAGGUCAAAUAUAAUACUGCACAAAACAACUUAAAAAUACUUACACACUGAAACAGAUAAGGAGGCAGAGAACAGAAAUGGACCCAUGGCAAUCUUUGCCAGAAGACAAUGUUGUACUAAAUGUAUAAUCAUAGCUCUCUUUUUCAUGUGAGGAAACUUGAGGCUCAGAGGGAUAAAACAACUUGCUCAAAAUCGUACGCAUAAGUAUGAUAGAAUCUGGUCUGUCUGCACUGGGGGUUGAGUUAUUUACCAACUUUUAAUAGUGCCCACUUGGACUCUCAAAAGCAACCCAAUUUGGACAAAAUUUGGUCACUCUGUCCAUGAAUCAGUGUGGCAAAACUGCCCCGGAGGCUUGUCUAAAGUACAGAUUCCAGGGGCCCCUGGCUGACUCAGUCACUAGAGCAUGCGACUCUUGAUCUCAGGGUUGUGAGUUCAGGCCUCACAAUGGACAGAGAGAUUACUUAAAAAUAGUCUUUUUUUUUUUUUUUUUUUUUUUUUAAAGUACAGAUUCCUGAGCUCAGAACAAUUUGUCUAUGCCAUUCUGCUUUCCCCAGAGACCCAGCCAGGUCCUGAUAAGGUAUCAGUAACCCCACCAGGUCAGAGUGAUGUUCCCAGACAAUAAUCUCUCUGGAGCCUUGGAGAAUCUAAGUGGUCUUAUGCUGGCCCACCUGCCAGAAUGAACCUCCUCCAGAGCUCUCCCCUUCACAUUUUACCUCCUGGCACUCCCUAGGGGCAGACCUGAUUUUGUGUGUCCUAACUUGCAUCACACUAAUUCAAGCAACUUAGGAAUAGAAAAUGAUGUGGUUCUCAACCAGGGUUGCCCAACCUCUAAAAUAGUGGUCUAAUCAUUCUCUACCUCCGGGACAUAUCUCCUUCCCAACUGCCCCAGGAAACAAGCAUCCCAUCUUUGCAUGUUCGAGGUCGGCAACAGGGAGCCCCCUCACAAAGAAGGUUAUCUCUCAUUGCUAGGAAGUCCUUGGCUGCACUGUAUCAAAGUCAGGCCCAGAUAUGGUUCCUUCCUAUAGGCCUGGUCAGGCUAAGGGCAGAGUUAUCUAUUUACUCCUCCUCUCAGGAGCAUCCAGCCAACACAGUAACACCUCUUCACAGUUUGACCACGUUUUUCACCUGGACUUCUCCUAAGCCCAUGCGAAGCUUCAUCCUUUCAUGGUGGUAGUAGCAUUGUUAAUACAGUAUUUGCCUUUUGCGGGGAGAGAUGAAUGUAAUGAUUAGGUUGUCAUUUUGUGUUAUGUCAUUUUGUCAUGAAUUUGUUUUGAAUUUUAUAUUAAAAUGGGCCCACUAUUCCCACUUUGUGAAGCCAUUCAGGACCCUCAUUUUGCCUUGGAACACGUUUGAUAUCUCUCCCAGUGUCACUUUGAAAUGUGAUGAGCUUGCCCACACAUUUCUAUCGGGUAUAAAUCCAGAGCCCAACAUGAAGCCCUACCGUCCAGCAGAACACUUCUCCACUACCUGUGGAACCUUGGCUAGGCCCCUUAACCUCCUGGUUUUUUGAGCCCUCAGUUGUAAAAACGUGAGGGGUAUGUGAAUUUACAUUUGGGGCACGACAAGUUCAGUAAGAGCUUGUCUUUGCUUUUAUUAUUCCCAGCUGGAAUGUCUUCCCUCAGCUCUCCAUGGGUCCAAAUCUAACUUGUCUUUCAGGCCCACUGCCAAGGAGCCUUCCACACAAAUUUCUGCCUGUCUAGCUAUUGAAUACUUAGGGUCAGUACCAUACAACCAGGCUGUGUCUUAGGUUAAUCUUUCCUCUCAAGCCAAUGGCAGAAUGUGGGUUUCUCUUGCCCUCUUUUGGUCCCUGGGGCUGUGCCGGCCUAUAGGUAUGCUCCACGGGGAGUGGCUGGGUGAGGAGAAAGAUGGGAGGGCCCAGGCAGAGCGUUCCUCUGCCUCCACUCUGCUCUCCUCCAUUAAAACUCAGAGAGCCUAAAAGCUGCCCCUCAAGUCACAGAUUCCUUAUGUGACCUCACUGGGUAGUGAUGACCUCACAGGCCUUUUCACAGUUACCAUGACAGGGUAACUACACAAACGUGGUGCUUUCAGGAAAGCUUCCCUACCAGUUCUCUACCAGAUACCAGUCUGUUUGGAUGCCUGAGAGAGAAUGUCUGACCGGAUCUUCUAUAUUCAUUCUAAUUUGUCCUCUGUCCCCUGGGAGGGCAGCACAGCAGCAGGGGCUCCCUCUUCUCCUACACCUGGUCACUACCAUGUCCUCUACCGAGGGUGUGGAGAAACCCAGGUGGGCUGGCAUGGGGAGACGUACUGCCUGGUUGGUGGCUACCGGACCUAUGGGGAUGCUCCUGUGGCCACCCCAGCAAAGACAGAAGCAGAGAAACCAAUUCCCAGCCAGGCUCCCAAAAGACGCCGAGCUAUGGCAGAGUCAAAUAAAGACGUAGGUUGCUCCAGCCCCAAAAUUCGGCGAUUGAAGCAUGGUGGCAGGAGGAUGACCCCGAAGAAGCUUGCUGACUGAGCCACUUUACAGGAAUGGCAAACAUUUAACUGCCUAAGACAGCUAAUGCCUCUUCCUGAAGUGACCCCCCACUGCCCACCACUGGAGAUUAGAACCUGAGCCAUUCUGUCUGAGCCUUCUUCAGCCAGGAGCCUCCUUCCAUACUAACUGGCCAUGGGCAAGGAGCCAUAGAAGCUGAGGUUUGAAAUGAAAGCCUGCUCUGAACAUCCCAGAGCCAAAACUGGCCUGGAAGAAAACCUGAUGUUUCUCCACUCAAUCCUGUAGAGUCCCUUCUCGGGAAGAAGAAAGCAAAGUUUGCACUCUUUGAACCAAGGAGGAUGCAGGAGCAGAGGGAGGGUUCAGAGUGGCCUUAGCAGGGACUCAGUCCAUCAGAUGGACUCUUGCCCUGAGUCAUUGCCAGCAGUCACCAAUUAAACCAAGAGGAGCUGGACUUUUUUAAACUGAAAAAAGCAAUCUGGGUCUACCGAGGGAGCCUCUUGUCUGGAGUGGCAGGAGGCAGAAUAAGGAAACCCAGGAAGACCCACUCCCCAGAGCAGGAAGAAAAUGGAGAGUUGGGUGGCACCACCACUGAGGCUCACACGCUCCUUCAUUCCCAGUCCUUCUUAGCCCCAGUGGAAUUUCUUACUGUUCAAUAAAAUGGUUUUCUCUAACA